CCUUUAUUUUAAUCAAUCAAUUCACCAUAUUAUUUAUUAAAAUGUGCUUCAUUUAAAAAAAAAAACAACAACAACAACAACAACAACAUUCACCUUACGUUACUGAAUUGAAUGGGGAUACACAUUCAUUCAAGAAAUAAAUAUGAAACAGUACACUUCAUUUUCCAAAAAAACGUUCAUGUUCUACUCUUGAGAAAUGGAACUUGUGAAGUAAUCAAAUGGCAAUGCUGGAUGAUUGAUCUAACUUUUUUUGCGAACUUGCCGGAUGUGUCCAAUUUGCAUUUUGCUGCUGAGGAUAAGCAUUAUGUUAAGGUUACUGGGACUGCACAUGGGUGGUAUGUGUUGUUCUAUAUUUUCCAGUCUAUGCGUGUAGUUUUGCUUUUCACAGUUUGUUUUGAUUGGUACUGGGUGGUCGUUCUUGAAGCCCUUUUUGCAAGAGAGGGAAAAGAAUGUGUUGCUGAUUGUAGUUCCGCUUAGCUUUAUGAAUCUUUGUUUGUCUUUUCUCAUCA